UGUAAACAAAAUGGAGGACAAAAUUUUUGUCAACUUAAAUUUUGGAGUUGAAAUCACAAAAAUAUUAUAACAUGGCACAUUAUCACAAUAAAACUCCCUUUUAUAAUCCCAAAAAUGACAUUAGGGUAAAUAACAAUCCAGGGAAAACUUCAAAUCCAAACAAAGAAAACGCAUUUCACUGUGAGAAAAUUGAAGCUGGAAAUCGAGAUCGGACACAAGUUCACAACAAUGAAUUUUCAGUCGUUAAAUCGUCUAAUGUUAAAGACAAUUGGACUCCAUAUGUACAGCCACAGGGAGAUUUGUUUUAUGUCAAAGAGUCGGACCAUCCUGGGAGGUCAGACAGACAGUAUUAUUAUUCUGAUUCUGUAGAUCAUAAGGAAGAAAAAGAUGAAACAACUUUUUUUGCAGACAGACUGAGGGAAUCACCUUAUGGAGAUAAACAUGAAUCACGGUAUAAGGAGAAGAAUAAAAACAGUGGCUAUGAUAAUGUUUCUCCAGACCUGAAUAGUUAUUAUGAAAAGCUUGGACAUAACAAAUACAGUCAUAAUUUAUAUAGAAAAGAGGACCAAAAUAGUUCACGUUCUAGUGGCUAUUCUGAUAGCUCUCCUCCGCACCAAGAACUCCAUAAUGGUGAUAUAAAUCAUAACUCAAUAAGUAGAAAUGUACACACAACACAUGCAAAUAAUCAUGGUUAUGAUAGUGACUUUUAUGACAAACAUAGUGAUGUCAGUGUCGAUAGAUCGUCUGUUGACAGUACUCCAACAAAGCCUGCAAAGAUAAAACAUGUUUAUAUUACGCCUAAUCCUUACAGUUGUAGAAACGGGGAGAGUUUCUCAGGGAUUGCUUUAUGUGAGAAACUUUUUGGUAUAACAUUGUACCAUUAUAACCAUAGACAGUCUAAAAGCUCUCUAGAAAUGACUUACAAAGAUAGAAAAUUACUUGUGCAGCAUGUAUUACUGUCUAGUCCUGCCGGCAGAUCUCAACAAAUACACAGAGGAGACAUGAUGGUAGCUGUAAAUGAUGUUGGUGUAACUUGGGAAAACUUGGAAACAAUUUGUAAUAAGUUAUCCAGUAAAGUUGUAAAAUUGUCAUUCCAAAUGCCAAAUGUUGUUGGACCAAAGCCAAGUCCUCCUCCUCCAGUGAAUCCACAGUUUGCAAUGACCUCACCGCGUCCAGUGACAACACCUUCACCUCGCCCACCUCGCCAUCGUCAGCCUGGAGAGAAUUUGUCACAGCUAGUGUUUGGUGACAGUAGACAGCAUCAUCUGGAGUACCUACAGGAUACUUCCUGUUGUGUGAUGUAUUUAACAUUAGAAGGAGAUGGUAGCUCUGAUACUGAGAGUGUUAGGGAGGAUAUAGUAUACCAGUAUCCACCAGGUGAUAGUAAAUUACUGGAGGUUAGAGGAUUGUUUCUAACAUUGUGUGGUGUACUACCAGAGGUAGCAUCAACUUCUGCUAGAAGCUCAACUCUUGUUCACCAAAGACAGAAGAUAAACAUAGCUUACCAAAGAGAUGGUAAAGAUGUUCUUGUUAUAGGACUACCUGCUGAUAAGGUACCAAAGUCAUGUGUUGAAGAGAUCUUAAAGCAGCUUCAUCACCUUAUACUGGUAUUAUAUGGUCCAUUACACAGUGCUUUCCGAGAUAUGAAGCACAGAAGUCAGAUAGACCAGUUGUUCUCAUUGUCCCUGCAUAAUUUACAUAACAUUUCUCAGAGUGCCAUGCUAUCUAGUCAGUCCUCCAAAAUAUUUACAGAAUUAAUACCUGCUCCUAAAGCUAUCAACUUUACUGAUGACACAAAGUUACUAUGUGAUGAAAUCCUCAGUGAGUUUGAAGCUUCUGACUUUGAUGAUUUUCUUGAUCCAAUAUCAAAAGAUGCUAGAAGAGAAUACUCCAUCCUUGGUUCUUGUACAUUUUAUAAGGAAUAUUUACUAUGUAACCACCUGUGCCAGUCAGACUUACAAGACGUCCACCUGUUUUUGAAACACCAUUGCAUAAUACAGAUGCUGGCCAGGAAACCAGUAGAAGAACUGGUAGUAUGGAGAGAGAUGUUUCCAUCACAGUAUUGUCAGAAAGUUCAGUCAUGUCCCCAGGGUUAUCAAGAUCCUCAUGAUGCCAGGUGGUUUUUACUAGUUAUUGGCAUGAAACAGUUUCUUUUAUGUACAUUGCUGGAGGCAGGAGGUUGUUCUAGAUCACAGAAAGGAAAUCCUGGACCACACCCAUUUAUUGUCAGUCAGGCUAAAGCUACAUUAUUGCAGUUUGAAGCAGAUGAAGUUACAAUGACACAAAGUAUUGAACACAGAUUAUCAAAGAUCUCUAAAGGCCCGUGUUUGUCUUGUGCAGAUUCUGUCAUUACUGGACAUAAACAGAAGAAAGAUGAAAAUAUUAUUAUUACACCGCAGAAAUCCAGAUUGUCUUCCAAGAAUUCUCAUGAUGACUAUGACAUCGUAGGUAAAGGUGGUGGUAGUGAACACUCUACUCCUGUGAUGAAGCGUCAAGGCAGCAAGUUAUCUUAUGGUUCUAAUGAUUCAGGGGAAAGUAGUGGUAGUGUUGGCAUAAGUAAUAAGGCAAAAAUAAGUAAAGCUGGAUCAGUAUUUGAUAUCACCAGUAUCCCACAUGUUGUAUUAUCUCAAGGAGAUGAGAUCUCACAUAUAAGAUUAACACGAGGAGUUGAUAACUGUCUGUUUCACUUCAUUAGUAUAAAUGAGUUUGAAGGAACAUACAUAUCUCCUACACAGCAGGAAAUGUCUGUAGUUAAUGGGGCAUUGCAGGAAGUCAUCCUCAACCACUUUUAUACAGCUUGUCUACAUAUACGCAACUUAUUCCAACAGUCUGUAAAAAGCAAGACAAAACAAGUAGACCAGCCAAAGAAAUAUGGAGAAGAUAUGUCUUUUACUAAUGUAAAAGAACAAGGUGUUAUGUUUACCUGUGUGAUACCUCAGCAUUUAGAGAACAGUAAAAAACAACCUCCACCAUUGUCUCUGACCUAUUGGGCUGUAGGAAGAAAAUUUCCAGAUGAAAAAGAGAUGUAUGUUUGUUUCCAUGAAUCAGUACCUCAGACAGCAAUAGAGAUGGCAUUUAAACUUGACAGUGGAUUAUCUUUGACAUGAGACUAACAGUGGAUUUGUUUAAAUCUAAUACAUGUAAUAACAGGAUUAUCUGUUAGCUUUAAGGAAACGAAAACAGCCAAUGUUCAAACAUUUAAUAGAAUAUGGAAAACUGUAGAAAUUCAUUUCUAUUAUGUAAUAGAUGUUUUCAGGGAAAGAUAUAGUCUCAGUGAACUUCUUUUGUGAUAGCUUUUAUUAUGAUGCAGAGACUGAUGCUGUUUCAUCCAGCAUAACCGUAUUAAUGCUUCAUUAAUAGCAUCAACAAUUUGUUGUUAAUUGUUUGUUAACAAAGUGUAAUGAUAAAGGGUUGUUGAGAUUAUUUUCAGGGUUGAAUGUUAAGAAUUUUUCCAAAGGCCAUAUCAUAAUUCAUUAGCAAUAGUUAAAUUAAUUUUCACAGCUUUUUAUACAUUCUAGUCAUGCAUCACAGAAUCAAAACGCAAAUCCAUUUGUCUUCAUUGCAUGUGUCUGGGUCUUUAAAACUUUGACUAUUCAGAGCUGGCAUAUAUGCCAGUUAUGAAUCUGAUGAAAGAUUAUAUAUUAAAAUUGUUCAUUAAAAAAUGUAAUAAAAUCUUAUAUAUUAUAACUACAAGUUAUUUGGUUUAUAACAUUCCUAAAGAAUCUGUACCAUUUUGAUCUGAUCACAUGAUUAUUAAAAAGACUUCAGUAAGCUUAUACUGGCAAAUUUUGGAAACAAUAUGACAUAAUUGACCAAUCAAAAGUCUUAAUACAAUUGCAACUAGCAUAAUUGUCAAACUACACAUCUAAACAAUUUGUGAUUAUUCUGUUGCUCCAAAUGAGAAAAGACCAAAAAAUAUUAUACUUUUAAAAGACCUUCUAAUUUUAAUUUUGACUUGUAUAAGAACAUCGCAGCAUACUGAUUUUUUUUCUUUAAAAAGUAUCAGUGAAUGUCAGCAUGAUAGUAGUGUUUUUAAAAUAUCAACUUGGUUCAGUUAUAUAGCAUCUGAACUGCAAUAUGUGUGUAAAGAUGAUGUAAUCAUUUUCAUUGAUCUUGCCAUCAGAAUUACAGUAUUAAUGUUCAAAUUAUCAUCGUAGUCACAGAUCACCAUCAUAACAAUUAUAAAUAUGUAAUUAUAAAUUUUGAAUUUAGUUUUAUUUCAUUAUCAUUAAAUAUUCAUAGAAAAUUGUUAGUAAGAUAUUGUAAAUGAAACAUGAGGUUUUUUGUUGUUCAAAUUUUUGAAGUAAAAUCCAAAUGUAUGUCCUUUUUAAAAAAGAAAACAAAAUGUUGAUACUCUUGCUGUUGUACAAAAUAACUUAAAACAGUCUAAAUUUAGAAAGUUGUAGACAGAAAUCAAAAUGUGCAUUUUUAGAUAUUUUUCAUGUUUGGCUAAAAAAUAGUUUUUCAAACUUUUUGUAAACAUUGUCAGAGGCAAAUAAAUCUGUUCUGAUAGUAUUGAAAAUAUACUACUACCUUGACUCCCCAUGAGGGUCUCUAAAGGUCAGAGAUUGAAAAGAUGUUAUAUGUUAAACUUGGAGACAAUACUAAUAUUGUUCAACUAUCUAUGAUCUUAUGUACAUCUUUUAUACCCAAAAUGCUGAAUGAGUGAACAGUUUUUCCAUUUUUCCUUUUAUAUCAUGUGGAUGGCAUGAAUAGUGUUUGAUGUUUCUAAAGUCCUAUCUUUGACCAAAGUGUCUAUUUUUGAAAAAUACUUACACAUUUUAGUGAGAUUAUUGUGUAUUACAAAAAGAAGUUAUUGUAUUGUUGUGUGAUCAUUCCAUUUAUUUUGAUAUUAACUUUGUAAAUAUUUAUUUAUUUAUUUUAUGCUUAUCUGUGAUAUUUUAUGUUGACAGUUUUAUACAUUAAUAUAUUCCAUGUUUUGUGUUUUUCAAAUAAUGUACAUGAGAAAUAUAAACAUAUGUUGUAAAGUCCCAUCAGUGAUUAGUUAAAUCUUUGUUGAUUGGAAGGUUAUUAUUUAAUUUCAUUUGGCACAUAAAUUUCUUGCUUUUGAAAUUUUAAAGUAAUUAAGACAUUGCUGUUAUUCCAGAAAGAGCCUUAAUUAGAAUAAUUUUUGAUGUGUAAAAAAAACUAAAAAAAACAAACAAUUCUUUGGAGCAAAUUUAUGACACUGCUGUACUAGGUCAUUUCUUGUUGAAUGCAUUGUAAAAGUUAUGUUUCGUUUUGGCAUAAUUGCACACAUGAUUAUCAAUCUCUGUAUACAUUUGCAUUUCAUAGAUUAAAAACUUGAUGUCCAUUUUCAAAUCAGGUCUAUAAUAUAAGCAUGGAUUAUACACCAAUUCAAACUUUAUUAUACUCUCACUCAUAGAGUGGAUGGUACACUGCAAUACACUUGUCUGCCAAUUGAUCCAUCCAUUCAUCCGUCCUUAAUAUACAUUACAUAUUACUCAGCUUGUGUAUGAAGGAAUGAUUAUAUAUUUGGCCUGGAACUUUAUAAUGAUGAUCAUUAGAGUGAAGGUGAUUUUCAGAUCUACCAAGCAGUCACUUCUUAUUUGAUAAAACUUCAAACUUUUAUUAUGCCCACUUAGUAUUGAAUUGUUAAUGCAUAAUUCUCAGCUUCUGUAUUAAGGAACGCUUUGAUAUUUUCAGGAACUUUAUAAUGUUAUACCAAGUAAGCUAUUUUCAGAUCUGCCAGGCAGGCACUUCCUGUUUGAUUUUACCCUUAAUUCUUAUUGUACGUAAUGAGUAUGGAUUUUUUCGUCAAUGUCUAAAAACUAGUGGGAUUACUUUGCAUAAAAAUGUGUGCAACUCCUUGUUAUUUAUGACAAUUUAUUAUGUUAAGGUAAAAGGCAUAAAUAUUUUAUUUAGAUAAAAGAUCUAACUUUAAUAGUUUUUGAAUUAUUUUUUUUUCUAACUUUCGUUUGAAGUGGCCAUAUAUUAUAAAAAAAUUAUUAUUAUGAAACAAUUUGUUGUGGUGCUAAUAUCAUGAAACUUUUGUACUGAAAUGUCAAAUUAAAAACUUUAGACUA